CCGUCACAAGCCUUGCGGAAUAAGUAUAGACGAACGCCUGUUUUUAGCGGUACCAUUGCGCCUUUCGCCAUCAUGCUGGAGAUCCCGGGAUUCACCAGCAAGUGGUACGUCCAUAUCACACCCAGCGGACAACCAGACGUAUAUCGUGCUAAUCCGGUCUUGCUCGACGUAGGAUUGGCAUUCUCUCUGACAUCUGCCGUCAUUGCCAAUCUUGCCAUUUUAGCACGCUUUUCGGAACGUAUGCGACCAAGAAAAGCAACGGCCAUUGCUGUUGCAGGAUUUUUUAUUCAUGAUGUCAUCAAUCUGGUCGCUUUGAUCAUCUUUGGUGUAAUUCAUGCUGUCGAUGAUGGAUUUACCUAUUCAGAAGCAUAUUGGAUGACGACUGCUUCUACUGUGGCAUCUAUAUGUUGUACAAUCUCUUUGGUGGUUGAUUAUUUACGAACAGAAGAUUUCAAAGAUGCAGGGAGUGGUCUUACGAAAAAACAAUCUCAAUUGGUCAUCGUUAUUGUGGCAUUUUUGGCUUACAUCUCUUUGAGCGCUCUAGUCUUUGCUCUGGUGAUGCAAUUGCCGUUUUUGGAUGCGAUGUACUUUUCAGUCGAAAGUAUAGCAACGAUUGGUUUAGGUGACAUCGUACCCAAGAAUACAGCCUCUAGAAUUCUUUUGUUCUUUAUCGCUCCUGGAGGUAUUAUCUUGUUGGGUGUUAUGGUUGCCAUUGCUCGUCAAACAAUUUUGGAAGAAUUUGAAGAUGCAUACAAGAGAAGGCGUCAUCAAUACAAACAAAAAUUGAGUGAAAGACAAAAAGAACGAAAGCAACAUCGUCAAGAUCGUGCUAACGUACGAUCGAAUCUAUCUCGACAAAUGAAAAAGGCGAAAGAAGGCGAAGGAAAGGAAGAUAAUGAUGACGAUGAUGCUACGGAUGAAUCUAUUCAACAAGAUCCCACCGAAUCAAGUGCAUCAAAUGGCGAUUUGAGCCUUUAUCCUACUACUUCUAUGGCUAAUUCGAUCAGCGCGACAACGACGCUACAUCAAUACGAAGAAGAUCUCAUCACACAAAGGAAGGAGAUAGAAGAUAGAUUUGAAAUUCAUCGUAAAAAACUCGCAAAAGCACAAAGGAACGAAUUUUGGCUUAAAUUAAGCAUAAGUGCUUCCUUGUUUGCAUGUUUUUGGCUGGUAGGAGCUGCGAUCUUUUCUGCUAUUGAACCGUGGUCGUAUUUCGAUGGAUUUUACUUCGUCUUUGUGGUUUUCACUUCAAUAGGAUAUGGUGACUUUCAUCCCACCACUUCAUCCGGCCGAGCAUUUUUUAUCGUUUGGGCUUUGUUCGGCGUUGGUACUUUGACAGUCUUAUUUUCAGUCGUUACGGAUGCAUGGAGUAAUGUGAUCCAACAACGCAAGUACAGAUUAGGUCGAAAAGCACACAAGCACGGUAAAAUAAGAAAGAAGAUGAAUGGUGCUUUUGAACGCAUACUUCCUGCCGGAAUGAGAGAAAAGAGA